AUGGAUCCCGUUAGCGCCCUUGGGGUUGCUGCAGCGGUCGUCCAGUUCGUCGACUUUGGCGUCCGACUCAUCUCGUCGACCGGUCAGCUCUACCGCUCGGCAUCAGGCCAUACAGAAGAGGAAGUUUACCUAAUCACCAUUGCUUCCGACCUCUCCCAGCUUGCCCGAUGUGUCCGCACUGAGGCAAUGUCCUUAUCUCGCACUAAGACUGACGACAUUGGCGGUCCUCACUCCACACUACGCACCAUCUGUGAGCAGUGCGAAGAGGCUGCUAAGCAGCUUGAUGCUGCCAUUCACAAAGUGCGCAAAGAGGGCUCUGUCAAUCCUUUUACCUUUGGCCGAACCGAUGGCCCAAUUUCCUUUUCGCACAGAGAUGAAGGCAAUCGUGGAAACCUCCGCAGACUCGUCAAUACAUUCCCCGCUGCCAUCAGUCAGCAAUGCUGGGAGUACUUUGAGAGCGAUCAGCAGGAAACAUGGAAGCGCUGGAGCGUCUUUCCGACAAGCAGAACGAAAUGA